AUGGUUAUAUUAUAAUUAUAAAUAUUAUUUUAAUUUUAAUAUUUAUAAAAAUAUAUUUAGGAUGAUGAAUUUCUUUAAGAUUUAGAUGAUUUAGAUAAUGGUAAUUUUUAAAAUAUUAAUUAUUAUUAUUAAUUUUUCUUUUAAAUUUAAGAAAGUGAUUUACAAAUAGAAGAGUAAGAAUCAGAUUCAGAAGAUGAACAAAAUAAUUUACAACAUUUUGAAAAGAAACAAGCAAUAGAAGAAUUUAAAGAGAUAUAUCAUAAAAUAAAUGCGAAGCCAAUUUCAAAUUUAUUAAAUGAUUCUGAGUUUAAAAAGCAUAUUAUAAAAAUAGAAGAAUUUAACAAAUUAGACAAUACAGUACCAAUAACCGUUUAAGAUGAGGAAUAUCAUACAAUAAUAAAAUCUAAUGAAUAUGCUGCAAUAAUAGAAAGAGAAAUUUAAGCAGUACAUAAAUUUACUAAAGAUAUGUUCCAAAAGCGGUUUGGAGAAUUAGAAUCUAUUGUUUUGAACCCAAUUGAUUAUGUAAAAUGUGUAAAACUUAUUUAGAAUAAAUAGGACUUAAAUAAAAUUGAUUUUAAUGGGAUUUUAACUAAUUUAUAAAUUACUACAGUUACUGUAGCUGGUUCUUCUUAAGAUGGAAAACCUUUAUCCUCUUAAGAUUUAAAAUAAAUCUUAGCAGCUUGUGAUAAUGUUAUUGAGUUAUACGAAUAUUCAAAAAAGAUAUAAUCAUAUAUAGAAAGUAGAAUGAAAUGGAUAGCACCAAAUUUAAGUGCCCUAGUAGGAAGUGGUUGUGCUUCCAGAUUAAUAACAGCAGCUGGAGGAGUAGAAUAGUUAUAAAGGAUGCCUGCAUGUAAUAUAUAAGUCAUGGGUUCUUAAAAAAAGAGUCUUUUGGGAAUGUCAAAAGAAGGAUAAGGAUUUAAUAGAGGGUAUUUCGGAUAAUUAGAUUUUGUUUAAAAAGCUCCACCUUAAUUUUAAACUAGAUUAGUUAGAAUGUUAUCAACUAAUGUUGCAAAAGCAAUAAGAAUUGAUUAUUUAAAAACUUGUCUUAGUGGAUCUGCUGGAAAUAGAUUAAAAGAGAUUAUGCUUUAAAGAUUUUCAAAAAUAUAAGAGCCACCUCCUCCUAAACUUAAUAAACCUCUUAAAAAACCAGAUGAUAAACCUUCUAGAAAAAGAGGUGGAGAAAAAUACAGAAAAAUGAAAUAAAAAUUAGGUCUUACUGAUUUUAGAGCUUUAAGAUAUAGAAUGAAAUUUGGUGAUGAAGCUGAGGAAGAAUUUAGAGGAAGUGGCAAAGGAUUUGGUAUGAUUGGAAUGGGAUAAGUUAAAAUCAAUGUAAAUCCUAAUUUAUUGAAAAAACCAGAUAUUGGUACUAAAACAGAAAAUUACUUUAAUAAAGAUACUGGAUUCAAAACUGUUGUAGAGUAGAAAUAAGAAAAAAACAUUUUAGUUUUUAAAAAACCUAUUUGA